CAUCCCUAGUUUUCUCUGUAUGCAGUCUUCUCGCCAGCAUUUGAGCUCAUUUUGAAGUUAUAAUAUUGGAAGAAGCUUUUAGGCAUUGAUAGUGAUGUUCACACUCUGCUUCCAUUGACCACAUUGCUCACUACUAUUUGCUCAUUUCACUUCUUAGCCCUCUCCUCCCUUAUUUAUUUGAACUCCUCUCAGGCAUUCUCAGUAUCCCUCUGCUGCAUAUUUGGACGGUAGUCGCCUACUGCAAUCCGAAAGGGUCGCCUCCUCUCUGUGCCCUUAGUAUUGCCGCUGCUGGGCGUUGUUAACUGAGGUCGUUUGCUUCUGCAACUGAUUCAGUGUGUCAUGGUUUGGAAUCUGAAACCCACCCUCUCAGAUUUCCGAUCUGUUUUCCCGACUCUGGAAGCACCUGUAUGAUGUAAAUCUCUCUUGGCCAAGCUUCCCGAGACAUUUUUCACAUCAAACCCUGGAAUUUUCGCAUCAGAUCUUUGAACCACCUUAGUAUUAUUAUGUAGAUCCUGUGUCAGGAGAGAAAAAGGACUGUGGUGAUCGUUUGCUGCUGAAACCAUGUAAAUUUAGCCCUCUUAUAUUUUUGUUGGUUCACAUCUGCCACCUGGUGGGAGGUUUCGUUACCUGUUUCCUUUCCUCUUUGUUCGAAAAUCACUUAAGAAAGAUCAUUCUUUCAUCCGAGUCAAAAUAAGCAUGGAGGAAACUUUUGUGCCUUUUCGUGGGAUCAAGAAUGACCUUCAAGGAAGAUUGAAGUGUUACAAGCAAGACUGGACUGGUGGUUUCCGGGCAGGCAUCAGGAUUCUGGCUCCAACUACUUAUAUAUUCUUCGCAUCUGCAAUCCCAGUUAUUUCAUUUGGAGAGCAAUUGGAAAGAAGUACUGAUGGUGUUCUGACAGCAGUGCAGACUUUAGCAUCGACUGCACUGUGUGGAAUUGUACACUCAAUCAUCGGAGGUCAACCUUUGCUGAUUCUUGGAGUUGCAGAACCCACAGUACUUAUGUACACGUUCAUGUUUAACUUUGCCAAGGAUAGGGCAGAUUUGGGUCGAAACUUGUUUCUGGCAUGGAGUGGAUGGGUGUGUGUCUGGACUUCCUUCUUGCUAUUUUUACUGGCAAUCUUAGGUGCAUGUUCUAUCAUCAAUCGAUUUACUCGUUUAGCUGGAGAGCUUUUCGGUUUGCUGAUAGCCAUGCUCUUUAUGCAACAGGCUAUUAAGGGGCUUGUUGAUGAGUUCCGCAUACCCGAAAGAGAGAACCCAAAGGCGCUAGAAUUCAUUCCAUCUUGGAGAUUUGCUAAUGGAAUGUUUGCUCUGGUUCUGUCAUUUGGCCUUCUAUUCACCGCACUAAGAAGUAGGAAGGCACGAUCGUGGCGCUAUGGAACUGGUUGGUUAAGAGGCCUUAUUGCAGAUUAUGGGGUGCCCCUCAUGGUCCUUGUCUGGACAGGAGUAUCUUAUAUGCCUACUAGUAGUGUUCCAAAAGGAAUCCCUAGACGCCUUUUUAGCCCAAACCCUUGGUCACCUGGAGCAUACGAGAAUUGGACAGUGAUCAAGGAGAUGCUCAAUGUGCCCUUUCUCUACAUUCUUGGAGCUUUCAUACCAGCUACAAUGAUAGCAGUCCUAUAUUAUUUUGAUCACAGUGUAGCAUCUCAACUUUCUCAACAGAAGGAGUUUAAUUUAAGAAAGCCAGCAUCAUUUCAUUAUGAUCUACUGCUAUUGGGCUUCUUGACUUUAUUAUGUGGUCUUAUUGGAAUUCCUCCAUCUAAUGGAGUCAUCCCGCAGUCGCCAAUGCACACAAAGAGUCUGGCCACUCUCAAACAUCAACUUCUUCGAAGUCGACUGGUAGCCACUGCACGCCAAAGUAUGAGCCAAAAUUCAAGCUUGAGCCAACUGUAUGGUAACAUGCAAGACGCUUAUCGGCAAAUGCAGACCCCUUUAAUUUACCAAGAGUCAUCUGCUCGAGGAUUGAUGGAGCUAAAAGACUCGACUGUCCAACUUGCUUCAAGUAUGGGAAAUUUUGAUGCACCAGUUGAUGAGACGGUAUUUGAUAUCGAAAAGGAAAUUGAUGAUCUUCUACCAGUUGAGGUUAAAGAGCAGCGUCUAAGCAAUUUGCUUCAGGCUAUGAUGGUUGGAGGGUGCGUUGGAGCGUUGCCAUUCCUCAGGAAAAUCCCAACAUCUGUUCUAUGGGGAUAUUUUGCUUUCAUGGCCAUAGAAAGCUUACCAGGAAACCAGUUCUGGGAAAGGAUUCUCCUGCUUUUCACUGCACCAAGUAGAAGAUUCAAAGUGCUUGAAGAGCAACAUGCAACCUUCGUCGAGACCGUGCCUUUCAAGACAAUCACUUUCUUUACUCUCUUCCAGACAAUUUACUUGCUUGUCUGCUUUGGAAUAACAUGGAUUCCUAUAGCUGGUGUCCUUUUUCCACUAAUGAUCAUGCUUUUAGUACCCGUAAGACAAUACUUUCUCCCAAAGCUCUUCAAAGGAGCACACCUUACUGAUCUAGAUGCAGCAGAGUAUGAAGAAUCACCACCCUUAGCAUAUAACCUGGCAGCGGAGAUCGACAUUGCCAAGGGAUGCUCCUUUGCAGAGAGUGGGGAGGUCCUGGAUGACAUAGUCACCAGAAGCCGAGGUGAGAUUAAACAUAUGAAUAGCCCCAAACUAACUAGUUCAAGCGGAACCCCAACAAACGACAUAAGGGGUAAAACCAGUCCCUGGUUGUCAGACAAAGCCUACAGUCCUAGAUUGAAUGAACUGAGGCAGGAUCAUAGUCCUCGGCUUGGGGGACGAGGGCCAAUCAGUCCGAGAACUGGAGAGGUUGGACCAUCCAAACUCAGAGAAGGUGCUCGGGAUUCCCCAUCAAAGUAGUUCUGAGCAGGUUAUAUCAGUUUCCUAACAUGUUCAGAUAGAUAAUAACCGUGCCAAAGAUAAAAUCUGUUUCUAUUUUAUGUUCAUUUCUUUGUGGCAGUUGUUGUAGCCUCAGAACUUUUAAGAUCCUCCUACAUGUCUACUUAAGAUGAAAGCCUAUUACCAUCCAUCCAUUUUUUCUUUUUCUUUUUUUUCGCUUGGUUUGUUUGUAUUUCUUGACAUUUGAGUAUGAUAUUAUUGAAAUCUACAUUGGCCGGGAAACUUGAACCUGUA